AUGUCGUUGUCGAUCCCCAGCGCCCCAAAUGCUGGGCUGUUCAAGCAGGGUUAUUCCAGCCAUGACUCCGAAGACGGUGCCGUCAUCCGUAAUAUCGAAGCAUGCCGUGCCAUUGCGCAGACUGUACAGACAUCGCUGGGCCCCAACGGUCGCAACAAAAUCGUAAUCAACCACCUACAAAAGCUGAUCCUGACCUCCGAUGCCGCCACCAUUCUACGGGAGCUCGAGGUUGUACAUCCGGCCGCCAAACUGGUCGUCAUGGCCAGCCAGCAACAGGAAGCAGAGAUGGGCGAUGCGACUAAUUUGGUCAUUGUGCUCACGGGAGAGUUGCUGAAGAAGGCGGAGGAAUUACUACGAAUGGGGCUGAAGACGAGCGAUAUUGUGCUAGGAUCUCGAGGUGGAUAG